ACAACUUGCUCAAAGGGGACAUGGGUGCAUCAUCGAGAACAAGCCAGCCUAUAUCGUGAUGUUACUUUAGUCAAAGAUGUUUUAAACGAAGACAUUUUUUUUAAUUCCGAGCAAACAAACUGUAAAACUGUUACGGUAAGAAAUGGUAUUGAUAAAAACGGAGUAGGCCUCAAAAACAGAACGAUACUAUAGUCAUGUUGCGCUUUUGUUAGUGCAAAUGCAUUUUUCAAUGGUUAUAGUCAAAAUAAUGUUAAUUUUUAUUUUCUUUGCGCGCAUAAUUUAAACAUUACGGUACAAUAAUAAAGACUGGAGGGGCUGGGCCAAGUUUUCGUCUGAAAGUUUCGCGAGUGUGGUUAAACUACAACCGUGACUCUAGCGUUCUUGGUGCAAGGGUCCCAACCAUACCUGAAAAAGAGACAAUGAUUUUACAAAAACUGUGGAUUUAUCUCUCCCUGGGAUGUCUUUUCUUUGGCCAGAUUUUAACCGUUUUCGUCAUUCGCGUUCUUUAUUUGGUUUGGCCAGCUCUGGCCAAAAAACUUGUGCUUAAAAUGGGCGAGCAGUGCACCAUGACCCAAAAUCCCAAAUUCAGGUUUGAAGAUUGGGGUCCUUCGUUUACGACGUUAACCUCCCUCAAAACUAUAUUCAAUCACCUUUGGCUCUCUCUUGGUCAAGAAGCUUUUGUGGGUUGGGACGCUCCAGACUCACAGGUUGUUACUUUGGAGGGCAAUACAUCAACCAUACUGAAGCACUUGAAUGGGAACAGACCACUUGUUCUGAGUUUCGGAAGUUGUACCUGACCCCCAUUUCUGUUCAAACUUGAUGAGUUCAAGGAACUUGUCAAGGACUACAGAGAUGUGGCAGACUUCCUAGUUGUCUACAUCGCUGAAGCUCACGCAACUGACGGUUGGGCAUUCGUUAACAACGUGGAAAUCAAGCGACACCAGACGCUGGGCGACAGGCUGGUGGCUGCCCAGACUCUAGUGGACCUUGAGCCAGGCUGUCCGGUGGUGGUGGACGACAUGAGCGACGUCACCGCCUGCAAGUACGGCUCUCUCCCCGAGAGGCUGUAUGUACUGCAGGCCGGCAAGGUGGUCUAUGAGGGCAGUAAAGGACCUUGGGGAUACUUCCCGUCUGAGGUUCGAACCUUCCUGGAGAAGAUGAAUUAGACACACACACACACACACACACACACACACACACACACACACACACACACACACACACACACACA